AUGAGUACCAAUUCUAAACAAUUGAAUAAGAAAAAGACUCGAUUGUAUAAUAGUCGAACGAUUAAGAGUCAAAUCAAUGAUCAGGCAUAUGACAAAAAACAACGAGUUUUGGAUGUGAAUUCUUUUAUCCAUUCACGAAACUUUGAAAUCCGAUCAUUUGAGCAAUCUCAACUAAAUUCCAAAAAUGCAUCAUCAACAAGAGUAUUCCAAGAUUUACCAAGAGCAUUAAGACGUAGAGCAGCAUCUCAUAAUGUGAAAAGAAUCCCUAAAAGAUUAAGGAAAAGAGCCAAACACGAGAUGAGUUCUAAUUUACCAGUCAAGAAAAUGCCUCGUGGUAGAAGAUUAUAUAAAUUACUUGUCAGAAAUAGAUUACUUAAAGUGGCUUCAAAAAUGAAGCAGAAUAAGUAUGAUCCAUUGGAAAACCUCGUCAAUAAGAAAAAUCUUCGUAAACAAUUCAAAGCAAUACGUGACGAAAUCAAAAAAAUCGACCAAGAAAAACCCAAACUGUCAACUGUUGAAGGUUUUACUAAGUUGAAUAAUUCAGUUGGGUCCAGGGAUAAUACCGGUGUCAAUGAAUUAGCCCCACGGCCAAAGGGAAGCAUCAAGUAUUAUAAACGUCAAAGGGAAUUUGUUUGGAUACCUACACAUAUAUGGCUUGUUAAAAGAUUUCAUAUGAGCAAGAAAUACGGGUACCAAAUUCCAUACACCCCUACACAGAAAUGUUUCAAAUUAAUGAAUCGUUGGAAUAGACAAAAGGCAGUGUGUUUUGAUACUUCUUAUUUUCCUACGUUUAUUUUAUAUGUAAGCGAUGGGACAAUGUUUGGAGAUAUAGCUAAACAGUUAUGUGGGAAGAAAGUAAGUAAAAAAAUUUUGAAUGGGGAAAAAUCAUACAAUGGAUGGAUUCAUAUUGACGGAGAAACAAAGGUAUGUCCAGGGUUUGCAUAUAUGAAUCAGUCUUUGAAUACCAUAAUGGUAAGGGUGGUUCCAUCGAUGUAUGAACAAUUAUUCCAAUCUUAUAAGGCCAAAAUAGAAAGUAUCCCAAACUCCACAAUCAAUGAUUGUCGAUACGCUUUGGGAAGUAUUGAAUUAUCGGGUCCAUUGAGUAUCAAAUGUCUAAGUAAAAUAUUUCAUUUUCAGAAUAUUUCACCUGAUUUAAAAAACAUUUGGGCAUCAUUAUCAAAAAUUAAGGAUAGUGAUCUUGUUCCUGUUGGGACAACAUUCACUUUCAAUUUACAAGACCCACGUAUUUGGCAGAGACCAACCAAGUUGCGCCAUAACCAUAACGGAGACCAAGAUAUCUAUGAUAUAAUAAUUGCAUUAAAUUCUUCCCCUCAUAUAGAUCAAGAUAUUGUUAAAAGCUUAACCACCUCAGAAGGGAGAUAUGCCUCAUAUAAGGAUCAAUUAUCAAUAAAGGAAUUGGGGAAAUUCCAUGCUAAUCUAAACAAGAAACCAUCGGAUAUUUCUCAUAGUCAAAUUCCAGUAUUGUUAUCCAAAACAGACAGCCAAAAAUGGUUAUUAAUUCUUCCUUGGCACUGGAUAUUACCAUUUUGGAUUCAGAUUACAAAGGUCACGGAUAUUAAACCAGGUGGAUCCAAACAGAUGCAUCAAUUUCAAUUUGAAAAUCACAAACCAUACUAUCCACAAGAUUUUCCUUGGUCAUACGAUGGAUGGCAAUACAAUAAAUUAGUCGGUGAAGCAAAUCAAAUUAAAGCAUCAAAGUUACCUAAAAGUCAAGUUUCAGUCCAGCAGUCUGAAAAGAAUUAUUCAGUGAUUUUCAAUGCUAAUAAAUGCGAUUGGACGAAUUUACGAAAUAUGGUAUUGCUAAUGAAAUAUAGCAAAAUGGAUAGGAAAACGAUUAAAAAAGAUUCGGGACAACCUGAUUUUGCACAGUAUGAUGGUCCUGAGAGAAUCAUCAACUCUGUUCAUGAUUUGUUGCAAACUACAAAGUCAGUUGAAAAUGAUAUUACCGACGUGAACGAAACAACAGUCGAAUUGUAUACAAACAAUCAAUCGCAAGUGGAUUUUUACAAUAACACCUACAAAAUUGCAAAUUUGGCUGAAAUUGUACACACAAAAUUACCUGUUGUUCAAGUAAGUCUUAUAGUUGUUAAUGAUGGUACAAUUGAAGAUAAUGCAAGAUUGUAUUCAGACUCAAGUGGAACUGAUAUUCAUUGUGUUGGGUUUGUUACUACUGGAGCCAUGAAUUUGAAUCUUGGAAAAUAUAGUGGCAUUGGUACAAUUAUAGCUCAAAAGUGGUUAAUUGAAGAGAAUGGCCACAAGUUGUAUGUUAGAAAUCCAGGAAAGUCAAAAGUUUAUAGUGUUUCCUUUAGGGUUAUAUAG